AUAAAAAUGGAGUCGACGUGAAAUUGAUCUGUAUUUUAACUUGUUUCUUAUUUUUAAGUUUAAAUCAUCAGAUUAUAUGAAAUAGUAUAUACAGACUACGCGAGAAUAUGAGUAACCAUUGCUUGGUUUAAAAACGUUAACCAACAACCAGUGGAGUCUUGAACGCGACUUGAAGGUGACUACGAUGCAGCUGACCUGACAAUGGUGACUGUAGUGGAAGUGCUGAGUCUGGUUCUGGUGUCGCUGCUGUGGGGCUGCACAAACCCUUUCCUGAAAAAAGGCUCCGAGGGGAUAGAAAAUGUGACUGAAAGCAACCGAGUCUCUCAGCUGCUUGCUGAAAUCAAGUUUCUUCUUCUAAACAUGAAGUACUUGGUCCCAUUUCUUCUAAACCAGAGUGGAUCUCUGGUUUACUUUUAUACACUGUCAACCACUGAUUUAUCUCUUGCUGUUCCUGUGGCAAACUCCCUCACCUUCCUUUGCACUCUGCUGACUGGCAAGUUACUGGGUGAAGAGAUCGGAGGCAAACGAGCUGUUGUGGGAAUGUUCCUCACCAUGGCUGGCAUCACGCUGUGUGUUAUAAGCUCUGUUGAAGGCAAACACACCGACAGACAGAAUGUAAGCCAGCCUCAGGUCUGAUGGAGAUGAAGAUGGGAGUAAAAUCUCCUGUCCUGCCAGGAGAUCACUCAGUGGGAAAGAAAAGAAGACCAAAGCUGGAUCUUUAGCAGGACUGGAGGGGACAGUUUAGAUUUAGGCAGAAAGUGUUUAGAGAAAACCGUCAUGGAAGGAGAACUGCUCCCAGAUUUACUCAUGUUGGACUUCAAAAGACCUGCCAAAGGAAGAAGAUGCUGAAGAGGAAGUGGGUUCAAGGAGGGUUCACUCCAGAGAUGAACUAGAUUUACGGUGCUCACAUAGAAAAUGGUUGUCGUUAGCUUUUACUUCCGUGGGAGAGGAAUUUCCACAGAUGCUGUGGAGACAACAAACUGUUAGAGAAUAGGUUUGAACAGGACCAUUUAUAUGUACAUAUAUUUAAACAAACCUUUAAUCAGCUGAUAAUGCUCUAAAUUUUCUUUCUCAGUCUCCUGAAUUUCCUGAUUUCCAGUUUUAUGUUUUGUUUUUCUUUCUUUACAUUAUUGAAAUAUUUAAGUCAUCAAUAAUUGGUUAAUUUAUAUUUACAAUAAUUAUUCCAUUCACAACUGAAGUGUUAAGAUUGUUUUUGUUUUAAAUAAAUAGUUUUGUAAAUCUCA